AUGACGCCGUCGCGCCUACGCUCCCUUUCACCCAUGCCCAAGAACCACGUCACCCGCUCCAUCUCCACCCCUCAGCUCGCCAAAGCCGCCCAGUCGCUCUCGCAGGCGCACGCCCACCAGGAGAGCGAUGGCAUCAACACCAUCCCCGACCCGCGCUCCGCCACGCCCCAGCCCACGCACUCGCGACGCGACUCCAACGACUCGCAUCCCGACUUCAGCCAGGAGGUGUCGACGCUCAGCACCAAACUCAUCAAUGCAAUCAACCACUCGACCAUGCUGGACGACUCGCUGCAGCAGGCCCGCCACGAGCUCGAGGCGGCCAAGGACAAGUUGAUGCUCCUCGAGGCCCAGGUCAAGGAGCACGAGAACAAGGUCGCCAAAGGCCUCCUGGUCGAAAAGGUGGUUUACGACAAGAUGGAGAAGCAGCUGAUGAGCGAGCUCAAGGAGGAGCGCAAGCGGAGAGCCCAGGCCGAGGCUGCCAAGCGCAAGACGGACGGCGAGGUCGAGGCUCUGACGGCCGCCCUGUUCGAGGAGGCCAAUGUGAUGGUUGCUGCUGCGCGCAAGGAGACCGAGGCUUCCGAGCGCCGCGGCGAACAGCUCAAGCAACAACUGGGCGACGCCGCCGUGCUGCAGCAUUCUCUCCAGGACCAGCUGCAAGACCUCAAAAACGUUGUCGAGAAAAUGAGCUCCUACGGCGACGACAGCGAAAGCCAUAUUCUUACCACCACCAGCACCACGGCCCCUUCGACGCCCGCCAUCACGCCCGCCGACAAGAUGAGCAAGCUGUUCGAGGCCAUGAACCUGACGCCCAGUACCCCGGGAACAGACGAAAUCACCCCCGACCACCCGCUUCACUUUUCCCAUCUAAUCCACCCAGUGCUACGCUCCGAUCUCACUGCAUUCACCGAGUUCCAGGACAUGCUCAGAAUUAGCGCCCGCUCAGCCCCCGCCAGUCGUGCCUCGAGCGGCAACUACAGCAGUCUCACUGUCCUUGGCCUUGGUUCGCUGACCAACAGCUCCACUACUUCCUUGCCGUCCAAGUCAUCCACGCCAACUACCCACUCGCCCCGUGAAACCGGCGCUUCUGCAAACAUUCCAAACCUCAAGGACGAGAAAUUCUACAAGCGCGCUCUAGCCGAAGACAUUGAGCCCACACUGCGUCUGGACAUUGCCCCUGGCCUGUCGUGGAUGGCACGCCGUACAGUCCUCAGCAGCAUCACAGCCGGUUCCCUGGUUGUCGAGCCUAACCCGGCUUCUUCGUCGAGGUUCCGCAUGCCCAUCUUUCCUUGCUCGCUGUGUGGCGAGUCAAGGUCGGGCGACCAGUACGCCCGGAAGUUCCGGUUCAAGCCGUCGGAUACAGAGGAUGCUCAACGUUACCCGUUAUGCGACUAUUGCUUAGCCCGGGUUCGCGCAACGUGCGACUACAUUGGCUUCUUGCGCAUGGUCGCUGCCGGCCACUGGCGCGCUGAAACAGAAGAGGAGAGAAAGUCGGCGUGGGAAGAAAGCGUUCGGCUUCGUGAGCGCAUGUUCUGGACAAGAGUUGGGGGAGGUGUUGUUCCCGCUUUCAUUCCUUUACGAGACAGUCCCACGAGUCCGACGUUUACCAAUGGCUCUGCAUCGCUCAAGCCGAGACGAAGUGAAGAGAGCAUGGUAUCUUUUGAGCCCAGGGAUGUCACGGUCAACGGCUCAGUGACGGUAAAUGAGCCGAGGAAGAGCGAAGAAGAUCCGUUCCAGGCCAAGGAACAGGAGAAACUGAAGCGAAUCUCCAUUGGCAACACCGUCAUUUCGGCAGAAAUGUCGGAACCUGAGACCACCACGAAUGUGGGCCUGGGACUGGAAUCCGUACCAGUUGUGAGCACAGAACAAAGCCAGUCAGAGCCGACGCCUACUUUGACUCCACCGGAAGAGCAGACGAGUGAGCAACAAGCAGAUGCUCAGCUUCGUAGCGAGAUCCGGAAAUCACUCGACGCAAAAUGGAUGGCCGAAAGGCCGGCGCUAAAACACCAGCGAUCAUCCUCCAACCCGUCGCCUGCCUUACAGGUGAAGAAGAAGAAGGAAGAACGACUUAGUCUGAGGAUUCCAGGCACCAUGCCAGGAGCUUUUGAAUAA